UUCCACCCUUCACAGCCAGAUCAAUUAAAAACCAUUGAAAAAUAAAUCCGUUAUUUUUCCGUUAGAUCGCAAACAAUUUCCUCCACCGUGGCGCCGUCGGGGCCGCAAGCCCUCUCUCUCAGAAAACCUUCUUCGUCUUCAAUUCCAGGUGCGAGCAGAGUAGAGAAAAGAGAACAUUCUAGAAAGAAUCCGAAGGUCGAUUAUCCAUUUUGGCAACAGAAUUGGUUUAUUGGAUUACUAUUCGUGAUGGCGAUGGGAUUCUUCGGUCUCACUCUGUUCCUCUACCUCUCUUUCGAUUUCGAUAAAGGUUUUCCUUCCUCCGCCUCCGCCUCCUCCUCCUCCUCCUCCCAAAGCGUCGAGAUUACUUAUGGGACGGUUCUAAAGCUGAUGCACGAGAAAACAAAAUUUAGGCUGCAUUCACACGAUGUGCCGUACGGUUCUGGAAGUGGACAGCAAUCUGUUACCGGUUUUCCUAAUGUAGAUGACUCCAACAGCUACUGGAUUGUUCAGCCUCCACCAGAUACAUCUGCUAAACAAGGAGACACCAUUCCUAAUGGAGCAAUUAUUAGGUUGCAACACAUGAGGACUAGAAAAUGGCUGCAUAGCCACUUGCAUGCUUCCCCAAUAUCAGGAAACCUAGAGGUUAGCUGCUUUGGAGGAGAAUCUGAAUCUGACACAGGCGAUUAUUGGAGGCUCCUUAUUGAGGGAAGUGGGAAGACUUGGAAGCAAGAUCAAAGGAUUCGGCUUCAACAUGUUGACACUGGUGGCUACCUGCAUAGUCAUGACAAGAAAUACUCGAGAAUAGCUGGUGGACAGCAAGAGGUUUGUGGGGUUCGAGAAAAGCGUGCUGAUAAUGUAUGGUUGGCUGCAGAGGGUGUGUAUCUCCCCAUUACUGUAAGCAAGUAGGAUAGAUAUGUUUAACAGAUCGCUACUUUUGUAAAAGCAGGUGUAUGGGUUUUGGAUAUAUAGGUGUCUGGUGCCUGUUUCUUGAGUAGCUAUAGCCAUUUUAUGAAAUCAAGUAGCAUGUUUUGCAGAAUAACUUCCACUGCUAAGUACUCUAUUAUGCAUGCUUAUGUACCUUCAGACGAUACUGAUCAAAUGUAGCCCUUCUAAUGAUUAAUGAGUUCUAUUUUUUUUUCUCUAUA